CAUCUUCUAAAAUUUGAGAGACACAGAGACAGAGAGAGAGAGAGAGAGGGAGGGAGGUGAUAAUUUGCUUAAGCCCAGGCUGCCCAGCUCGGAUUGUUUAGUGGUUUUUAUUUAUUUUCUCUCUUUUUUUUUUUUUUGAAGGUAAAUAUGAGGAUUUGUUGGCUUCUGAUCGGCAUGUUUUAGGUUCCUGGUUGAGUAUCUGAAAUACUUGUCUGCAUUUGACGAACGAUCUUUGCAAGUUUGAUUUAGUUUGAACUGAUAUUGCACUGGGCUGAUAUUGAUGGCAUUUCGCAUUGGGUGUUUGUCCCGCUGAAGUUGAAGUGAAUGGAGAGAAAUGUGGGAAAGGGUACGAUGGAGCAACAGAAAAACUAUGAACAAAUUCAAUACAACAAUGCUGAAACGAGAAAUGAGGGACUUGGGUCUGCAAAUCAAAGAUUUUUCCAGGAUCCGUCAAGUAAUAUAAAUACGAACUUGCGACCUCCUGAUUACAAUAUGUCAGUUGGAGCUAGACCUGUUCUGCAUUUCUCUAUUCAAACUGGUGAGGAGUUUGCUCUUGAAUUCAUGCGGGAAAGGGUCAAUCCUAGGCAGCAGUUCAUUCCAAAUGCUUAUGGUGAGCCUAACAGUGCAACUGGGUAUAUGGACCUGAAAGGUAUUCUGGGAAUUAGCCACACAGGUUCGGAAAGUGGGUCCGAUAUUGCAAUACUCAACUCGGUAGAAAAGGGUCGCAUUCAGGAUUUUGAGAGAAAGGGAUCUUCCGCGCAUGAGCACAAAAGUUAUUAUGAUUCAGUGCAAUCAGUGCCACAAACCUCAUCAAGGAAUGACAUUAGCCGAGGACUUCAUGGUUAUGCUUCUUCAGGGGCUUCUGAUAGCUCAUCAACAAAGGUGAAGUUCCUCUGCAGCUUUGGUGGCAGGAUUUUGCCCCGCCCCAGUGAUGGAAAGCUUAGAUAUGUUGGUGGUGAGACACGUAUUAUCCAGAUAAGGAAGGAUAUUUCUUGGCAGGAUCUUGUGCAGAAAAUGUUGACAAUUUACAACCAAACCAAUUCUAUAAAAUAUCAGCUUCCUGGUGAGGAUCUUGAUGCAUUAGUCUCUGUAUCUUCUGAUGAGGAUAUGCAAAACAUGAUGGAAGAAUGUAUUGUACUGCAAGAUGGAGGAUCACAGAAACCUAGGAUGUUCCUGUUUUCAAAUGGUGAUUUGGAGGAUGCUCAGUUUGGUCUCGGAAACACUGAGGGUGAUUCUGAGGUUCAGUAUGUAGUUGCUGUGAAUGGUAUGGACCUAGGUUCGAGAAAGAACUCUGUUGCUUUGGCAAGUGCUUCAGCAAACAAUUUGGAUGAGUUACUCAGCCUAAAUGUUGAAAGGGAGAAUGGUCGAGUUGCGCCAGAAUUAGCUGGUGCAAGCACUGCACCUUCGAUAUAUAAUACACCUUCAUCAUCUGUUCAAUCUUCUCAACCUCUGCCACCAAGCUCGUCUAUUGCAUAUGAAUCCAAUUCACAUUCCUACCAGGGACAGAGGAAUCAUCAUGGAGAAGCUGGACAGCACAUAUUCACUGCUUUCCCCCCUCUGGAGAGCUUCCCUAAGAAAGAUGAAAAGACUAAUGCACCCUUGUCUGCUCCAUUGCAAUAUGGUUAUAGUUCUAACCGUUCUAACCAUGCAGCAACUGGAGAGAAUUUAGCCCCAAUAUCUGUCCAUGGCCAUCUUACUCAACAGGGAGGUCUGACUGAGCAGUCCAAUAGUGGCUUUCAUGUGCAAGAUUCAGAAGUAUCUGCGAAAGAGCUGAAAUUGAAAAGAGAUAGCUCAGCCCCGAAGCUAAAUGAACCUGAGAAAAUUCCAUUGCUGGAGAAGGAAGCAUCAUUGAAGGAGGCAAGAAUGAAAAGGGAGGGCUCACUGCAGAAGAUAAAUGAAACAGAUAAAGAUCAAACUUUAGACCAUGAGUAUGCUGUUUCUUCUCAUCCACACGAUUAUUCUGUUCUGAAUUAUAUGCCGAGGGAAGAAGUAUCAGUUGCUAAUUCAGCAGCGGACAUAAAACCUCCCUUGGUGUCUAUGAAAAGUAAUAAAACUCUCCAGGAAACCAUACAGAAUAAAAUGCCCCCUGAAGGUGUGAAUGAUGGGACAAAGAAUUAUGAAGAUGACCAUUUUUAUGCAUCUGGUGGACAAUUCACUCCAGGAUAUGGUGGCUCUGAGGCUUAUCCAACUGACUUUGGCUACCUUGAUGGACCCUUGAUUCCUCCACCGGUUUUUCAUUCUGAGCGAUUUCCCAGAGAGCAGGCAGAAUUGAACCGUUUGUCCAAAUCCGAUGAUUUCUUUGGUUCUCAGUUUCUGAUAACUCAAGCAUGUUCUGAUCUUUCUCAACCAAUCACCGAAUCGAUUGAUAAAUUGCAUGAUGGGCAUGUGGCUUUGCAGAUUGAGCAGCCCAAUUCAUCUUCAAAACUGCUGUACGCAAAUACUCAAUCUGUUGAAGAUGAACUGGGGAAUCUCAAAAAGUAUAAAGAGUUUGCUGACAAUAUUAGCAACAUAAAUUCCAGUAAGUCUGAGGAGGAUCCGAAGUUACAAAAAUCUGAGUUGAGGCACAUGGUGAUUAAGCCUGUGGAUGACCGUGCAAUGGCCUGGACAAAAGAAAACGACAAAGAUCCCUCUAUAAAUGAUAAAGAAGCAGCUGGUUUGAAUAAUCUAAUGCCAAGUCAAGGAACUUCUGGUAAGUACAUGGAAGGUUCUGCUUUAAGGCCACCAGAAUUUGAACAGACCGAGAUGGCUGCCUCUAAGAAGAAUGAGGAGAGCAGUGUGUCACAUGCUCAGCCCUUGCCUUGGGUGGAGAACCAAGUUAGAGGUGUUUCUCUAGGGGAGUCUGCUGUUGUUGGCACUCCAGAGCAGGGAGACAUUCUUAUUGAUAUAAAUGACCGCUUUCCUCGUGAUUUGCUGUCUGAUAUGUUCUCAAAGGCAAGAAUCUCGCAGAAUCUCUCUCGCAUGAGUCCACUGCAUAAUGACGGAACUGGAUUGAGCUUGAACAUGGAGAAUCAUGAGCCUAAGCAUUGGUCAUACUUUCGAAAGUUGGCCCAGGCUGAGUUUGUUAGAAAAGAUGUUUCCCUUAUGGACCAAGAUCAUCUGGGUUUCUCAUCCCCUCUUACGAACGAGGACGGGGGUCCUAUAGAUUACAGCUAUCCACCUGUGAAGCCUGAUGGGGUUGCUCUCAGUCACAUGGACUCCCAUAUCAACUUUGAUGAGGAGCUUCGAGAAGGGUCAUCUGGUCUUAUUGGACCUAGCGUAACGAAUUUGAGAUCAGGUUACAGUCCUGAGCUCAAGGGCAAUGAAAGUGUGCAGUUGGAUGGGGUUAGCCCCAGAAUGCCAGAAUUAGAUUAUGAGGAUGUGAAGUUGGAUAUUCAGAAUGCUGGUGCACCUGUUGUUGAUCUUUCUCUUAAAGAUUUUGAUAUUAAUACCUUGCAGAUCAUAAAGAAUGAAGAUCUUGAAGAGCUGAGGGAAUUGGGUUCUGGCACAUUUGGGACUGUUUAUCAUGGAAAAUGGAGAGGAACAGAUGUUGCCAUUAAGCGAAUAAAAAAGAGUUGUUUCACGGGUCGCUCAUCGGAGCAAGAAAGAUUGACCGUGGAAUUCUGGCGUGAAGCUGAAAUUCUUUCAAAGCUUCACCAUCCCAAUGUGGUGGCAUUUUAUGGGGUGGUGCAAGAUGGGCCUGGUGGAACACUGGCCACAGUGACGGAGUUCAUGGUGAAUGGCUCUCUUAGACAUGUUUUGCUGAGCAAGGAUAGGCAUCUUGACCGUCGCAAGCGACUCAUUAUUGCAAUGGAUGCAGCCUUUGGAAUGGAAUAUUUGCAUUCAAAGAAUAUUGUUCAUUUUGAUUUGAAAUGUGACAACUUGCUCGUCAACUUGAAAGAUCCUUUACGACCUAUUUGCAAGGUAGGAGAUUUUGGCUUGUCAAAAAUUAAAAGGAAUACCUUGGUUACUGGUGGUGUAAGGGGAACCCUUCCAUGGAUGGCUCCAGAGCUGUUGAAUGGUAGCAGCAGUAAGGUUUCUGAGAAGGUUGAUGUGUUCUCAUUUGGUAUUGUCCUAUGGGAGAUUCUCACUGGUGAGGAGCCUUAUGCCAAUAUGCACUAUGGAGCUAUCAUAGGAGGCAUAGUAAAUAACACUUUGAGACCUCUUGUGCCAAGCUUCUGUGAUUCUGAAUGGAGACUACUAAUGGAGCAGUGUUGGGCCCCAGACCCGGUGGCCCGACCAUCAUUCACCGAAAUUGCCAGACGCUUGCGUGAGAUGUCUACAGCUUGCCCAACUAAGCCACAGGGUCAUCAGCCACAGAACCAGGUACCCAAGUGAUGACACCUGAUGAUUCCCUUGAAGUCAUUCUGGCUCUUACCAUGAAUUGUGAUGACUAGAAAUGUUCAUCUCAUAUACUCCAUAAAGAUUUGUGUAUUAUAUGAGCGGGGAGAAGAGGCUCCCAUUUAGAGGGUUAAAUUAUAGGUUGGUUAUAAUCUGUGAUUGGUCAGUAUGAUUGUGUUUGAGAGAAACUGAAGAAAAUCAGUUUAUAUGUAAAUCUAUUUAUUUGUAUACAUACAUACUUUGCUUUUGGUACUGUGUGAAUAAAAAAAAUACAAAAUUUUGAUUA